CCCGCUCUGAGGGAGUGGGAGGGCUUCCGCACGUGCGGCAGGGGCUGUGAGCCGGGCGGACGGGUGAGCGUCUAUUGGGUUCAGUGUCUCGCGCGUGGGGCUGCCGUGUGAGCGUCAUCCCUUUGGGUUUUGAGCGGGGGAUAAAUCAGCGUGGUUAUUGGUCGUGGGAAGAAUUCCACUGCAGGGGCCCGACGCCAGCGUGUGUGGAAGCCUAACCGAUGGUACCUCGGAGGGCGAGUAGGAGGGUCUUGAAGGCGCCGCUCGGACAGUGACAAUAUGAACCUCUUACCCAAAAGCUGCAAGGAGUUUGGCUCCGCGGACUAUUGGGACAAGUUCUUCCAGCAGCGAGGAAGGAGAGCUUUCGAGUGGUAUGGAAGCUACCUGGAGCUGUGCGGGCUGCUGCACAAAUACAUCAAACCCAGAGAGAAGGUGCUGGUGAUUGGGUGUGGUAACUCAGAGCUAAGUGAACAGCUGUAUGAUGUGGGCAUUCAGGAUAUAGUGAACAUCGACAUCAGUGAGGUGGUCAUCAAGCAAAUGAAGGAACGCAAUGCCAGCCGACGGCCCCAGAUGAACUUCUUGAAGAUGGACAUGACACAGAUGGAGUUUCCCGAUGCUUCGUUCCAGGUGGUGUUGGACAAGGGCACCCUGGACGCUGUCCUGACAGAUGAGGAGGAGAAGACCCUGCACCAAGUGGACAGGAUGCUGGCUGAGGUUGGCCGUGUCCUGCAGGUGGGCGGUCGCUACCUCUGCAUCUCCCUGGCUCAGGCUCACAUCCUGAAGAAAGCAGUGGGUCACUUCUCCCGGGAGGGGUGGAUGGUGAGGGUGCACCAGGUGGCCAACAGCCAGGACCAGGUGUUGGAAGCAGAGCCUCGGUUCUCCCUACCUGUCUUUGCCUUCAUCAUGACCAAGUUCAGGCCAGUCUCUGGCUCUGCCCUUCAAAUCUUUGAGCUAUGUGCUCAGGAGCAGGGCAAGCCUAUGCGGCUGGAGAGUGCCGAGCAGCUGGCCGAGGCGGUGCGGGAGCGGCAGCAGUAUGCCUGGCUGUGCAGCCAGCUGUACCGCAAGGCCGGGCUGGGGAGUGUAUCUCUGGACUUGUGCGAUGGGGACACGGGGGAGCCACGCUACACCCUCCACGUGGUGGACAGCCCCACUGUGAAACCAUCGCGGGACAAUCAUUUUGCCAUUUUCAUCAUCCCCCAGGGUCGCGAGACUGAGUGGCUCUUUGGCAUGGAGGAGGGUCGGAAGCAGCUGGCGGCCAGUGCAGGCUUCAGGAGGCUGAUCACAGUGGCCCUCCACCGAGGCCAGCGGUACGAAGGCAUGGACAGCAUUCAGGCCGAGCUGUCAGCCAGAGUCAUGGAGUUGGCUCCUGCCGGGAUGCCCGCCCAGCAGCAGGUGCCCUUUCUGUCUGUGGGUGGGGACAUCGGGGUCCGGACCGUUCAGCACCAAGACUGCAGUCCCUUGAGUGGCAGCUAUGUGGUCGAGGACGUGCAGGGGGAUGACAAGCACUACUUCCGGCGGCUGAUCUUCCUCAGCAACAGGAAUGUGGUGCAGUCAGAAGCCAGGUUGCUGAAGGAUGUGUCUCACAGAGCCCAGAAGAAACGGAAAAAGGACAGGAAGAAGCAGCGGCCUGCUGACGCUCCAGAGGACCUCCCCACGGCCCCAGGGCAGUCCAUUGACAAGAGUUACCUGUGCUGUGAACACCACAAAGCAAUGGUUGCGGGCCUUGCCCUGCUCAGAAACCCGGAGCUGCUCCUAGAGACCCCACUGGCAUUGUUGGUGGUAGCUGGCUGGGGCAGCCUCUCCCUGUUUGUCCACGAUCAUUUCCCGAAGACCUACAUUGAUGCUGUGGAGAUCGACCCCUCCAUGUUGGAAGUGGCCAGCCGGUGGUUUGGCUUUUCCCAGAGCGACCGGAUGAAGGUCCAUAUUGCAGAUGGACUGGACUAUAUUACCAGCCUGGCAGGAAGAGAAGGAUGGCCCCACUACAAUGUCGUCAUGUUUGAUGUCAACAGUAAGGACCCAACACUGGGAAUGAGUUGUCCACCACCAGCUUUUGUGGACCAGCCUUUCCUGCAGAAGGUCAAAAGCAUCUUGACUCCUGAAGAGCUUGAUCCUGUGAUCUCGACUUUCCAGACCCUUACCCUGGUCAAGAUCCCUGGCACCCUUAAAUGCACUGUGCCCAUAUGUGCCAUACAUAUCCCUUCAGCAGGCCUUGGGUUUCUUAUUGGAGAAUUGGAGAAUUCAUCAGACAACAGCCCAGCCCAACCCGACAAGGCAGUCUAA